AGUAAACCAAAAAUGUACUCUAGAGCAUUUCCGAUGUUUCAUUUUGCAUGACGCGAUCAGGUCUCACUGAGACCAAAUAGAUAUAAAAUAUGCUAAAACUAUGGCUACAUGUUUUUUUUUACCUUUUUUUUUACCUUAAUUAUGUCAAGCAAAGCUCUUACUUAUCUCGUCACUGGUUCUUCCCGUGGCAUUGGUCUUGAAUUUGUCCGUCAAAUAGCAGCUGGUGGCAACACGGUAUUUGCGACUGCCAGACGUCCUGAUCAAUCAGAAGGACUUGGUGAAUUGAUAGACGAAGAAAAAGUAUUUGGUGUAUCAUUGGAUGUAGCAGAUAACGAAUCUGUUCAAAAGGCUGUUUCUCAUAUUACAGACAUUGCUCCUGAUGGUAUUGAUGUGUUGAUCAAUAAUGCAGGUAUUGGGUCUGGUGGAUCCAAGACAGUCUUUGAAACUUCUGAAGAGGAUUAUUUGACCAAGUUCAAGACCAAUAUGCUUGGUGCAGCUAAUGUAACCACUGCAUUUUUGCCUUUGAUGCGUAAGGCAGAGACACGAAAGAUUCUCAACAUGUCUUCUGUGUUGGCUUCUAUCCAAUCUCGAGGCCCAGACAACCAGAUCAAGACUGCAGUUGCAUUCAGUGUAUCUAAAGCAGGCCUUAAUAUGUUUACUCGAUUGACAGCAAGUCAAUUGGCUGAAGAAAAAUUUAUUGUUUAUGCAUCUCAUCCUGGUUGGGUCAAGACUGAUUUUGGUGGUAUCAAAGCACCCAUGUCAUCUGAACGUUCUGUCAAGGCACAGCUGGAAGUUUUAGCUAAGCUAAAGCUUGAAGACAAUGGCAAGUUCUUUGAUUAUCGUGGAAGAGAAAUUCCAUGGUAAUUACUGUAUAAAAUCGUUUUCAUACACACUUUAUUCAUAAUAUCAACCUAAGAUGCCCUUUCUUAUUGAGUAUACUUUGUCUUUGUUUUUUUUUUCUUUUAGUAUGCAUGCUUGAAUACAGAUCAAUCGAAAAAGAACGAUUCAAAGGCAACAAUGAAUUCAACAUGAUGAAGUUUAAUUGGUAGUUUGAAG